AACAGAAGAACUCACCAUCAGAAUACAAGAACAGAAGAACUCGCCAUCAGAAUACAAGAACGGAAGAACUCACUAUCAGAAAACAAUAUCCGAAGAACUCACCAUCAAAAUACAAGAACAGAAGAACUCACUAUCAGAAUACAAGAACAGAAGAACUCACCAUCAGAAUACAAGAACGGAAGAACUCACUAUCAGAAUACACGAACGGAAGAACUCACUAUCAGAAAACAAGAUCCGAAGAACUCACCAUCAAAAUACAAGAACAGAAGAACUCACUAUCAGAAUACAAGAACAGAAGAACUCGCCAUCAGAAUACAAGAACAGAAGAACUCACCAUCAGAAUACAAUAACGGAAGAACUCAACAUCAGAAUACAAGAACGGAAGAACUCACCAUCAGAAUAUAA